UGGGAGUGGGGAAUGUUUGUUAAGAAACAGAGCGAAACAGGCAAGGGAGUUGUGUAUGUGUGCCUGCCGUGCUGUGGAUUUUUUUAUUUUUUAUUUUUUUUUGGAGGGGGGGGGGAGUGUUCACACUUGGGCCCGGCGGUGGUGGCGAGCGGUAUUCUCCAAAAAAGGGCUUAUAAUGAGUGAUCUGGGGAGAUUUCCUUUCCCACUGUAGUGCGAAAGACACACCGCUGCCUUUCCCGGGACGGAACACAAUUUCUGCUUGGAUUACAGAGAAGGACGCGUGGGGAGGGAGAUAUACACCAUCUGUAUAUCAGACCGCAUCCCCGCUUUCCACUUUUGUCGCCAAUCUCCAAAUGAACGAUUCUCCUUGUGGAUCUAAUAAGCAACGAGUGAGCGGCCAGACACCAGAGAGCAGCGAAAGCAGGGGCGAUUGCUACUCGAAACACCGUGGUCGAAAAAGCUCCCCGGUUUCCUUCUUGCCUCCUUCGGAUCCUAUACGCCAGGCUAAGCGGCUCCCGAUCCGGAUUUUGAAGAUGUUGACCGCGCAUACGAGUCACUUACUGCACGCGGAGUACCUCCAACCACUAACCUCUGCUCCUGUAAGCAUAGAGCUGGACGCCAAGAAAAGUCCCCUGGCCUUGCUGGCUCAGACGUGCUCCCAGAUCGGAAAACCUGACCCGCCGCCUUCCUCUAAACUGAGCUCGGUGACGGCCAACGGCAUCGGCGAGAAGGAGCCGAGCGGCAGAUCUUCCAGUUCGGGUCUGAAACUCGGGGUCGGGGACCACCACCAGUCUCUGGAAGACAAGUCGAGCUUCAAACCUUAUUCCAAAUCCGGAGGGGAAUGUCGGAAGGACGCGGCCGGCUCCGGUGCAAACGGGAAUGCGGAUAAGGCAGGCUUUAGGGUCCCCGGUGCUGCUUGCCCGGCUUUUCCUCCGCACGCCAUUUCGCCAAACUCCAGGGUCUCGUCGCCACCUCAGCACCAACAGUCGCAGCAAACGCAGUCACAGACUCAAACGCCCUCCCAGCAACAGCAGCAGCAGCAACAGCAGCCGCCGCACCACAUACAGAACCCGCACGUCGAAAACAAGCCUCUGGGCGGCGACCUGCUAAACCAGGAUAACAGCACCGGUGGCGGCGGCGGCCCGAAAAAGGACUCGGACCUGGCGAAGCCGAGCCCGGAGACCGCUCUGCUCGCCAACUCCAGCCACGCCCGCGCCAGCGCCAAUUCGAGCAGCGCCAGCUCGGAGAACAGCCCGCACCACGACGGCAAAACCGACUCCCAGCCCUCGCAGCAGGGCCUGGGCUCCGGCCACAUCGCCCCCGUGUCCCCCUUCAAACCGGGCCAUUCCGUCUUCCCUCUGCCGCCUUCCAGCAUGGGUUACCAUGGAUCCAUCGUGGGAGCUUAUGCGGGCUACCCUUCCCAGUACGUCCCGGGUUUGGAUCACACCAAAUCCAGCCUGGUGGGGGGGCAACUGGGGGUUCCAGGGAAGCACCCCAGCUCCAGCCCCCUGACCGGUGCUUCCCCACCUUCUUUCAUGCAGGGAUUAUGCAGGGACCCAUACUGCUUGACGUACCCCAAUGCCCCCCACUUGGGGGGCAGCAACUGCUCGUCCUGCGUACAUGACCCUUCUUCCACGCUGAAAUCGGGGUACCCGCUGGUGUACCCCACCCACCCGCUCCACUCCAUCCAUCACACCGCCCUGUCGUCUAGCGCCACCCCCACUCUGUCGGGGCACCCCCUGUACACCUACGGCUUCAUGCUUCAGAACGACCCCCACCCGCACAUAUGCAACUGGGUGUCCGCCAGCGGGCCCUGCGACAAGCGUUUCGCCACGUCCGAGGAGCUCCUGGCCCACCUGCGCACGCACACGGCCCUCCCCGGCGCGGACAAGCUCCUGGCGGGGUACCCCUCCUCCGGACUGGGCAGCGCGGCGGCGGCCUCCUGCCACCUCCACCUCCCCCCCGGCGGGCCGGGCAGCCCCAACGCGCUCCCGGGCUCCUUCUCCCUGAGAAGCCCCCACAGCCUCGGACUGGGCCGCUACCACCCCUACAGCAAGGCCCACCUGCCCACGCCCGGCUCCCUCCCCAUGCACACGCUGCAGGCCACGGCCAGCCCCUACUACUCCCCCUACGCCCUGUACAGCCAGCGGCUGGGCUCGGCCUCCGCCCUGGGCUACCAGUAGUGUGGCUGGGGGGGACGGGGUUGGACCCCGCGGACAGAGGCAGAGCGAUCUUCCUUUCCUUUCCUCUCCCACCCUUCUGUUUGACUCUUCCUUCCUGGGACUGAAGUGUAUUUAUUUACUGAGCGCUUGGCUUCUAAGUUGGGAAAUUUAUCCAGAUGCAUUGUUCUAAUUAUUGUUAUUAUUAUUAAUAUUAUUAUUAUUCACCUUUUAUAGAGUUCUGUGGUAUGCAACAUUGCAAAGGUGAACUGAGUCUCCUAUAAAGUAAUACCCGUUUUUUUUCUUCUUUUUCUAAAGAUCAGAUUUUCUCUCUCUCCCUUUUUCUGUCCAUAUAAUUUCAGUGCUUCAGUUUCCUGCUCUGCGUGCCAGGGGGAGUGUCAUGCAUGUUCUGUCUCGGCAUCAUAACUGCAUAUCCACGAUUGUGUUGUUUAAGAUUCCAUUUAUUUUUGAUUUGUACAGCUGAAGAAGAGAUGUAAUAUUUUUUGUAAUGUAUUUGAGUGAUGGGCUCGGGGCAGGGGUGGGGGGAGGGAUUGUCACAGUGAGAGAGAGGGGACGAAACCAACAGUAGUGAUGGCAGGGCUAUCCCCAAAAAAGGAGGGGGGGGGAGGUCUUAUUUUCUUUAAUAAAUGAAAACUUGAUUAUAUUUAAGUAAGCUGUCUUUUUUUACAUUUUGUUAAGCGAUUCAAUUUUUUUUUUCGGUUCGAAGUCUUAUCCUAUUGAUCUUUGUGAUAAAAAAAAAAGCACAUCACCAAAGAAUAAAAGCCCUUUUCUCUUUCU